AUACGACAUGACGGAAAUCAGCGAAAAGGAGAACGAACCACAAAACCGGGACUUUCACCGAACACAGCCUACCGUGCCCAGCCAGCAAGAAUCAAAGUUGCAACGAUUGAAGCGCUCCCUGUCCUUCAAAUCUGUCAUGCGUAGCAAGAGUAUGGACAACUUUUUCCAGCGCAAUAACGGCGAAUCCCGCCCUCCUUCCGCCCUCAUCACUUCCCCUACAGCCCUGACAUGUCCUCCUCCCCCCAUCUCCUCGUCCCCUCUGGCCUAUGAGCGCUCUCCGUCCCAUUCCCCGUCCACCAGUCCCAACCUCUCACUGUCAUCCCGCUCACCUUCCAUCAGCCCCUCGCUGUCUAUGCCCUCCAAAAACCAGCUAAAGUCUCCGGUGCAGCCGCUCAAAACCCACUGUUUCCAGGAGCACGUCUUCCGCCGGCCCACCAGCUGCCAGGGGUGCAAACAUUUGAUCCAAGGUAACUCCAAGCAGGGGCUGCGCUGUCGAGCCUGCAAGCUGGCGACCCACCUCUGGUGCUCCUCGGAGCUCUCCCAGCAGCCCUGCAAUGGAAAGUCAGGAGCCUUCAAGAGAAACUUCAGCUCCCCUCUGUUAACCGCGGACACGCUGGGAGUGGUCCGAGAGGCCCCCGCUGCUCAGGAGGCAGAUAACAGCAGUGUUGACCCUGUGUAUGAGGCGCUGCGCUAUGGGACGUCGCUGGCUCAGUUGAGCCGCUCCAGCUUCAGCAGUAUCUCAGAGUCGCCUUGUGACGAGGAAGAAAACCUGCCAGACAAUCUGGAAAACCAGCCGAUCGCUGAAGAGGAGCCCAUCCCAGGAAUGCUCACCCCUCCUGAAAGUGAGAAGGCUGAUUCAGAAGACAGAGUCAGCCUGAAGACUCCUAAGAAAGUGGAGGUGCACUCCAUCCACACAUAUGUGGCUCUCUACAAGUUCCUGCCUCAGGAGAAGAACGACUUGGAGCUACAGCCUGGCGACAGAGUUCAAGUCACAGAUGACUCCAACGAGGACUGGUGGAAGGGGAAAAGCAGAGACAAGGUGGGAUUGUUCCCGGCCAAUUUUGUGCAGCGGGUCCGCCCUGGUGAGCGUGUGUGGAAGGUCACGGAUGGUUUCCAUGGCAACAGAGACAAAGGCCAGAUGACUGUAAAAGAGGCCCAGAUCUGUGUGGGGAAGAACGAGGAGAUUGACGGUUUCCUCCGGCUGAGCAGCGGGAAGAAGAGAGGCCUCGUCCCUCUGAAUUAUCUGUUAGAAAUAUGACGACUUCUCCUUGACCCUCAGUUUGAUAAAGAAAUUCACAAUGAUGACGGAGGAAUACUCAGGAGU